UUUAUCUUCAAUUAUGACAAAUCUAUACUAUUUCCACUUUUAGAUUACUGUUAUUAAACUCAUUUAUGUUUUCAAUUUUUCUGUAUCACAGAACCUAAAUUGGUAAUAAAUCAAUAAGAAACAAAUGUUUACAUUCACUCAGUGAAAAAAUAUCAUGUCUAAACUCAACAUAUAUCAGAGCCACACAUGGACAUCUCUCUCUCCUCCACCAAGAGCAGAAGAUGAAAAAAUCCCAGGGACAUGUGUCAUUCAAGGAUGUGUGUGUGGACUUUACCAAAGAAGAAUGGUAUCUCCUGGACCCUGCUCAGAAGAUAAUGUACAGAGAUGUAAUUCUGGAAAAUUACAGCAACCUUGUCUCAGUAGGGCACUGUGUUACUAAGCCAGAGGUGAUCUAUAAGAUAGAACAAGGGGAGGAACCCUGGAUACUGGAGAAGGGGUCCUCAAGCCAGAAUCACUCAGAAAAGAAAUGGAAAGAUGAUGACCUAUUAGAGAGCAGCCAGGAAAAUCAAGAUGAACACUUUUGGCAGCUCAUAGUCACCAACAACAAACCAGUAAGUGUAGAAGGUGGUGAUAAACUUAGGAAAACUUUGAAUCUGGACACAGACCAAAUGUCUUCAAGAAAUUGUCCCUUUAAAAUAUGUGAUACUUGUGAAAUGAGUUUGAAAAAUAUUUCAGAUUUAAUUAUUAGUAAAAAGAACUAUUCCAAAAAGAAGUCUGAUGAGUUUAAUGUAUGUGAAAAAUUAGUUCUUGAUAUUAGAUCUGAAAAAAUCCCUGUUGGAGAAAAAUCUUGUAAAUACAACCAAAAAAGGAAUAUUCUCAGACAUCAUCAGGACCUCAUUCAACCAAUUUUUGACCAGCCUUUUAUGUAUAAUAAAAAUGGCCAAGGCUUCCAUGAGGAAGCCUCCUCUUUUACAAGUCAGAGAUGUCAGAUAGGGGAGACACUCUGUAAAUACACUGAAUGUGGAAGAACCUUCAUUGAUAGCUUAAAGCUUAAUGUAUCCCAAAGAACUCAUUGGGAGAUGGAGCCAUAUGAAUGCAGUAUUUGUGGGAAGCUCUUUUAUGUGGAUUUACAAGUUGGACAUCAGAGAGCUCCUUCAGAGGACAGUAAUUAUGAAUAUAAUGAAUUUGGGGAAAUCAUCUGUGACAGUUCAACUUUCAUCAUCCACCAGGGAGCUUACACAAGAAAAACUCCCCACGAGUAUAAAUUGAAUGACAAAGCUUGGGAAAAGUCAGCCCUCUUUAAACAUCAGAUAGUACACAUGGGUGGAAAACCCUAUCCAUGCCCUGAAAGUGGGAAUCAUUUCAGCAAGAAGCCACAUCUCCCUCAAUCUCGGAGAGCUCAUUUGGGAGAAAAAACCUUUGAGUGUGGUGAGUGUGGUAAAACAUUCUGGGAGAAGUCAAACCUCACUCAGCAUCAGAGAACACACACAGGUGAGAAACCCUAUGAAUGUACUGAAUGUGGGAAAGCCUUCUGCCAGAAACCACACCUCACCAACCACCAGCGAACACAUACAGGAGAGAAACCCUACGAAUGUAAGCAGUGUGGAAAAACAUUCUGUGUGAAGUCAAACCUCACUGAGCAUCAGAGGACACACACAGGGGAGAAGCCCUAUGGAUGCAAUGCCUGUGGGAAGUCCUUCUGCCACAGAUCAGCCCUGACUGUCCAUCAGAGAACACACACAGGGGAGAAGCCCUUUAUAUGCAAUGAGUGUGGGAAAUCCUUUUGUGUGAAGUCCAACCUCAUUGUACAUCAAAGAACUCACACAGGGGAGAAACCUUACAAAUGUAAUGAAUGUGGAAAAAUGUUCUGUGAAAAAUCAGCUCUCACUAAACAUCAAAGAACUCACACAGGGGAGAAACCUUAUGAGUGUAAUGCAUGUGGCAAGACGUUCAGUCAGAGGUCAGUCCUCACUAAACAUCAGAGAAUUCACACAAGGCUGAAAGCUCUUUCAACAUCCUAAAUGGUCAGAAGCCGACACAACACCUGUUAGUUGACUUUGGGGGCACGGGGAGCAAUGAAUCCAGAUUAGAUUACAAUGGAAAUUCCAUUUGAGCCAUUUUGUUGGGAUGAAUAUGUGAGUAGUGAGAAGUUCAGGAAAUACAUCAGUGUUGAAAUAUUGUCUUGACAUGGUAAGAUGUAAGAGACAUCUUCUGGUUUCCAUGUCUGUGAUACAAGUUUAUAAUCUGGGUUCGGAAGAUGAAAAUUUGUGAGAGGAAAAAGCUGGCCCAGACAUGUCACUGAGCUGCUCAACUCUGUAACUCUUCCAUUCUGGGACUUUGUCCUGACAGUGAUAGUAACUGUUCCUUGUUUAUUCUUAGGCCUGUGUGACACUUAACAGCUGGAAGAAUUUCAGCUGAUACAGAGGAACACUUUUCUAAGUACUACAUAUAGUGAUUUGGGAAAUGAAUUUCUUUUCAUAAGUCCCUCUCAGGAUGAUUAAAAAAAAUAAGCCAUUGGUUUCUCUGAUGAAAAUGAAGUACAAAAAUUUUAAUGGCAAAUGUAUUACAGUGGUAUGGACUAAGAAGAAAUAAUAUUGAAACACCUCAAAAGUGGUACCUAUAGGAAACCAUUUCCAUGUUAAAUCCUCAAGGGAUGAAGAUGGAGACAGCAUUAUCAGAUUCUAGCAAGAGCUGAUAUCCUGAAGCAGACACCAUCAACCUAGCAGAAUUAUGGCACACAUUGCUAGAACCUUCCUUUGAAGAACCCAGCCAGAGAUAUCUACAGGUGAGCCCAGGUGGGCACAGAAGGGUGGAGGGGAGUCUGCACAGACAAAAAUGUAGCAUAAGCUAGCAUAAGCCAGUAUGGUGCUUUUAAUUUCUGUAAAUUCCUAUGUAAAAGGCGCAGUAUUAGAAAUAAAGAUAUUACUAGUUGGAA